CACGCAGUCUCUCUUUCUCUCUCUCUCUCUCUCUAUCUUGCUUAUAUACUCUCGUUCUUCCUUCGCAUACACACACACACACACACACACACACACAUACACCUCGCCACCAAAACAGGGCUUUCUCAUUCUCCAGUAAUAAAGCCCUCCCUAUUCCACGUUCCUUACACUUUUAUUAUAUCACACUACUACACCCUUUACUGCACCGUGCGUCAUGAUUCCUGACAAGUACAUUGGCCUCAUCCUGGCCAUGAGCUCUAGCGUGUUUAUUGGUCUUUCCUUUAUCAUUACAAAAAAGGGUCUUAUUAACGCCCAACGACGACACGGCGUAUCUGCGGCAGACGGAAAACAUCACUACCUUCGGAAUUGGACAUGGUGGGCAGGAAUGAGCACAAUGGCGGUGGGUGAGGUCUUGAACUUCUCAGCAUACUCGUUCGCACCAGCUAUUCUUGUCACACCACUUGGAGCACUUAGCGUUAUAUUGGGUGCGAUCUUCGCAUCCAUUUUCCUCAAAGAAACACUAGGUGCCAUUGGCAAGAUUGGAUGUUUAUUAUCGGUUGUUGGUGCAGUGCUCGUAGUAUUACAUGCACCGCAGGAUCCGAACGUUGACAAUAUCGAUGAAUUGCUGUUCUAUGCGCUGCAACCUGGCUUUUUGAUCUACUGCACCAUGGUGGUCGUAACUAGUCUCUUUAUGAUCUACAAAGUCGUGCCAAAGUACGGAAAAAGGAACCCUUUUGUUUACGUGUCCAUCUGCUCGCUAGUCGGCUCGGUGUCUGUCAUGUCAAUCAAGGCUUUCGGCAUCGCCUUGAAGCUCACAUUUGCGGGAAACAAUCAAUUCACCCAUCCAUCGACCUAUGCGUUUGGUAUCGUGGUAGCUGUCUGUAUCGUGACUCAGAUGAACUACUUCAACAAGGCAUUAGAGCAGUUCUCGACAAAUGUUGUAAAUCCCAUCUAUUUCGUGUGUUUCACAACUGCGACCAUUACCGCAUCCACCAUUCUAUUCCAAGGCUUCAACGUCGACAGCCCUGUAUACGUCGUGUCAUUGAUAGCCGGUUUUGUUGUCAUCUUCACCGGUGUUUAUUUGCUGGAUUCGAUUGCACGUGGCGCCGGCGCCAACAGCAAUAACAUCGGCGACAACGGCGAUGGUGAAGAUGAACACUUAUUGAUGAGCGAAGCAACGCUCUUGGAAAACGAGGACGCGGUCGGUCUAACCGAUAUGCGCGACGAUGAUUCGGAUCUAGAGGACGGACUGGUCAACCGAAGAGAAAGUAGUCAAAGAGUGCGGUGAGCAUGAAAUCAGAGAAAAAGCCUUCCACCAAAAUACCCCACCCGUUUCCCUGCUUCACCACCUCUCAGCUUCAGUUUUGUAAAAUAGCACACAAAAGCCAACCCAUAGUCCUGCUCGCGCAUACAAGACUUUCUCCUCUCCUAUACACUCCAUUUCCAUUCGAAAGCCACUGAAUCGCGAGAAUCCCCGCACAAACGCUCGUUCUAUCCACACUUACUCCUAGUUAGUGCUUCUUUCAUUAUUUAUCUCUCUCUAUUCUUUUCCCACCCAUUCGUUCCUCUGUUUGUCCUUUUUCCCCCUUCUACCAAACUUGUUCAUCUCUUUCAACGCGAGGCUUUUCCUCAUCGCACUCCAGAGAUACUAUGUAUACAA